AUGGCCAUUACUCUGAAGUACAUGGCUCUGACUCUAAAAGAAAGAGCGCUUGCUGGACAGCUUUCGGGUUUAAUUGGCGGUGGGAAAGAAGUUACUGAUGCCAUUAAAAAUGGUAUUGACAUUAUUAUUAACAAAUAUCCUGAUGUUAAAAAUAAUUCAAAGCCUAAUCCAUCAUCCAAACCUCAUGAGUCUGUAGACACUAAGCAACUUGAACAGGAAAUUAAGUCAACUGAAGAGAAAAAAUCUCAACUUGAAAAAGAAAUUGAGUCUCUUAAAGCUAAAAAGGCUGCCGAAAAGGACGAUUCCCCUGUUGAACCCUCUAAACUUAAAGAGCUGGAAAAAGUGACGUCCAAGGUGAAGGAUCUUCAGACGCUAGAAAAGCUUUGUGGGUAUUCUAAGGAUCUGGAACAAAAUAAAUCCACAUACGACAAAAGCUGUAAUAAGCUUUUAACAAAUCUCACUGACGGUUUAGAAAAGUUCCUUGGUUACCAAGAAACUUCCAAGGGCUACACCGGCGAGGGAAUCGUGUACUCGGACCUUGACAGGCUGUGCGACGGGGUGAUGGCGUUCUUGCAUGGUGUUUUAGAUAACAUUAAGCCUAAAUUAGGCCAGCAUAAUGAUAAGAUUAGAGAGGCAAUUGAGUCUCUUAUCACCCAUAAACACUCUGGUAAAAAUGGUUUUAAUACUGCGAUUGGCGCAGUGGUGGAGGGGGUGAAGGGGUAUAAUGAGGGUGUGAAGGCGUCGAACAGAAAGGUUGACGAGAAGUUCAAGAGUGGAGUAUCUGCAAUAUUACCUAGGGACCAAGAAGGGAACGCCGGACGAGUGGAAGAGGCCAAGAGGGAAGUGGAAGCGAAGCUGGCGGAGUGCCAGGAGAAAGCUGCGGAGUUCAAUGACGCCUUUAACUUAGCCACUAAUAGCGAAAUGAAAAACGCAGUUAAUGAUCUUAAUCCUAAAUUACAUGAGCGUGUAGUAGUAGCUGCGAAAGCAGUGAAGCAUGAGAGUGACAGGCUCACUGAGCUCUCAACUAAGGAAAGUGAGGAGCUAAGAGAGACGGAAGCAAAAAUUAGGAGCGUUCUUCAGGGCCUUAAUGACAGCGUGAAUCGUAGCAUUACCACGCAGGUGAAGAGCCUUGUCAAGUUUUUAUGCAGUGAGGUUUCCGCGAUUAAAGAUAAACUAGUAAGCAUUAGUGAGAUGCUGGGAAAUUAUGUUGAGCAGUUAAAACGAUGGAUCAGUGAUGCCGAUGCUUUCUUCCAGAAAGUCAUGAAGGAUGUACACAAAAUUGAGAAAAAUGCCCCCGGCAUUCUAAACCAAAUGAAUGUUGAAGACAAGGCAAAAGAGUUGCAGAAGAAAGGUGAGGAGUUGCAUCGGCGAUUUGAGUAUGCGAAGAAUGAAGUUGGACAUUUGGUUGACGCAGCGAAAAAGAAAGAAGUCAACGAGCUGGACACUUGGAGCGCCGCGGCCGGGAAGGUUGUGGGAGCGGCGCAGGGGAAGUGUUAUUUAAUACUGGGAAAAUCUGAGAUCAAGGAUAGUGGCGAACCGGAAAUUAAAAAGCAAGCUGACGCAUUGCAGAAAAAAGCCACGGACCUUUGA